AUGGCUCCCUCGGCAACCGUGCUUCAGCACGAGGACAAGACCAACUCCGCAUCCGGCGCUCUGGGCAAGGCCAAGAAUGGAAAGAAACUCAGAAUCCGCUCCUACCCCAAGUUUGAGUCUCUGGUUGAGGAGAGACUGUACAGAAAGCAACAUCUAGCAGCCACUUUUCGCGUCUUCGCCGACCGAGGCUUUGACGAGGGCAUUGCUGGGCAUGUCUCUGUCCGUGACCCCAUCUUGACCGACCACUUUUGGCUGAAUCCACUUUCCAUGCAUUUUUCGCAGAUAUCCGUCUCAGACUUGAUUCUCGUCAAUGAGGACGGCGAAGUAGUGGAAGGCGACGAGCCCAUCAAUGCCGCCGCCUUUGCCAUUCACUCGGAGAUCCACAAGGCCCGACCUGAUGUCCAUGCAGCCUGUCAUGCCCAUUCCGUUCAUGGAAAGGCCUUCAGCGCCUUUGGACGGGAGUUGGACAUGAUUACCCAAGACGCCCUGCGCUUUUACAAGAGUCAUGCAGUGUACAACCAGUUUGGUGGCGUAGUCCUCGAUCGCGAAGAAGGAAAGCGGAUUGCUGCGGCGCUUGGGAACGGCAAGGCUGCCAUUUUACAGAACCAUGGGUUGCUCACGGUUGGCGGGAGCGUAGAUGAAGCGGCAUUUUGGUUCUUGAGCCUCGACAAGACUUGUCAUGCUCAGCUUCUGGUCGAUGCAGCAGAGCGGGGAAGCGGCCAUCAGAAAAUCAUCAUCAGUGAUGAAGAGGCCGAGUUCACUGCGCAGCAGGUGGGAAGCCCGGAAAAGGGAUGGCUUGGAUUCCAACCGUAUUACGAUGAGCAGCUGGCGAAAUGCAACGGUAGUUUUUUAAAAUAG